AUGGAUGAGUCUACUCCAAUCGAAGCUACACCAUUCAGCUAUCUAAUUCCGAGCUUUGCUGACGAUGAUAACCAUCACAUGGAGAACAUCCCAUCACCAACUUCUCAAGUGGUUACACCACUUCAAACUGUUGAUGACGAGACCUCUUACACAACACCACCUCCCAUUCUCAACUUCAUUUCACCAUCUGAUGAAUCCAACACUGCUGCUGUCGAUCCCAACAUGGGUCCUAUCAAAAGAGGACGAGGCCGACCAAAAGGUUCAAAGAAUUCAAAGCCGUCCAAGAAGAAGAUGGAAACCUCUCAUCCCAACAAUGAAGUGGUUGUAUCUGGUCACAAUGAUGAAACUCACAACACAUCAUUCUCCCCUCAUCCUCCUCUAAUGGCCACAGAUCUUCAAGCUAUUGUACCAUACGAUGACUCCAAACACGACUCUUUGGCUGAUGAUGAUGCUGCUCCGAGUAGCGAUCCUCUUAAAAGAGGACGGGGCCGACCAAAGGGUUCGAAGAGCGCCAAGACGCCUGUGAAGAAGCUGAAACCCCAUAAUCCCGACGACAAAAUAUUUUGUCCCAGUUUUGACUCGAUGAUAACCGAAGAGGAGAAAGAAAAUGGGAAUGAAGAUCUGGUGGACUCCGUUCGGAUGCGUUUCAACGCCGUUUGUCGUCGCUUAGGCCACAUAAGCUGCGAGAAAGCUGUGGUCACAACUGCCUUCAGUAGGUUUACCAAUCUGGGUGUCAGAACUAACAAGAAGAAGAGAAUCGGUCCGAUGCCUGCUGGUAUCGACUAUCUACUAGCGAAAGAUGGUGAAGCAGAAGGAUUAACAACAAGUGUCGUUACAUCAGUAGGACACUACAACGACAAAACGGACGAGCUUCAUACUUUGGUAUACACCCGGCAAGGAGGAACGUGUAAGGAUGGUAAACCUAGAAAUCAAGACCUUACAAGAGGAAACCUAGCGUUGGUCACAAGUCAGAAAAGAGGAAAUGAAGUUAGAGUGAUUAGAGGUGUAGAGGAUCCGGGCGAUAAAAAAGGGAAAGUAUAUAUCUACGAUGGUCUCUAUGUGGUAACCCAUUAUUGGAUAGAGAAAGGGACCACCGGCUUUGAUGAAUUCAAGUUUAAUCUCGUGAGAAAACAAGACCAGCCUUCUGGUUUCGCCACGUGGAAGUUAGCUGAAGAAUUGAUGAAGUGUGGUUCGAGUAAUCGGUCGAGGAAGGGUUUUGUGUUUGAAGAUAUUGCUCUUGGAUUGGAGGCGUUGCCAGUUCCGAUCGUGAACGAGAUCGAUGAGAACGACAAGGAGUGGCCUCUAGACUUCGACUACAGAGCCUCUUCGGAAAGGAAAGUUUGA